AUGGAGCGAAGAAAGCCUGCAAGUGGAUUUGAAGCCAUGGAGGUCCAAGGAGCACGAGAGAUGCACUCUAGGUUGGUACAGGCCAGAAGGCCUGGUGAUUCUGCCUCGCAAGCCUUUACUGUUUCUACUGGAAGGAUACCGUUAACCAGGCCUCCGCAACCCCUGAAUAAGCACAGCUGUGAUCACAUGAGGCACCGCGGCCAAAAUCCCAAUAAUCCGCUAUGUGCACAGUGUGGGACUGUCAUUAUUCCAGCUCCUAGGGCGAGUAUGCCAUUUGAAGAUGCGCCAUCUAUAUCUAUACUUGAUUGGACUAUCACCACUCGAAAGAGGCCAAUCUUGAAUUCCCAGGAACUCCAGGACUGGGAUUCCAAGCUACAGGGCCUAAUGCUACCUGAAAUGAUAUUCGGAAAUAACUAUGUUCGCGUGCGGAAUGAGAAACACAACUGGGCGCUUGAAUUUAACGCUUUAGAGGCCUUAAAACUAGUGAAACUAGAGGACUGCGGGAUUCGUGUAUCGUAUGCUCACAAGUGGAUAAGGAGUAAACGCACAAGGCAGCAUGAAUCUCCUGACUUGGAUGAAACCUCCUUGGAUAUCUCUCAACAGUAUGAUUGGACUUACACUACGGAUUACAAGGGCACUGUCACCGGCGCGGAACUAGUGAAAGAUGAUUGUGCCGAAUUGCCACUAGAGAAGCUGUCGAGGCCAGACCCCAUUCUUUUUUACGACGAUAUGAUCUUAUUCGAGGAUGAGCUUGCUGACAAUGGCAUCAGUGUCCUGAAUGUAAAAGUACGGGUUAUGAAUGAAUGCAUGCUGAUUCUAAGUAGGUUCUUCCUAAGGGUUGACGAUGUUUUGUUCCGUAUUAUGGAUACGAGGGUUUAUGUUGAAUUUGACUCUAAUAAGGUGAUAAGAGAGUUUAAACAGUACGAAAGCGACUACAAGUCAGUUUUGAACAUGCAUAAAGUGUCCACCAAUAAUCAUGACAUCAAGGCGGGUAUGAGAGAUAGCAAUUGGGUCGUCAAGAACCUUAAGUUGGUUAAGCGAGAAAGUGAUGUUUUAAACUUUGCCAAUUAG